UCGCGCCUCCCUCCCUCCCUCCCAGCCCUGUCCUCCACUCACUGACCCUGAUUUCAUGAGUCCGCCGCCGUCUCCCUUUUCCUUUCCCUCCCUGACUUCCGCGGAGGGGAGAAGACCCAAGGCCUGACUGAACUUGGCUUAUGUGGGUGACCAUGACGUUCUCGAGCCCCCUCCAUUCUCCUUCAGAUGACGGAGGAACUUCCUUCUUCUUUAUGGCCGACUGAGCUCCACCGGGAGGGUGCGCGGUGCUGGACCCAUGGAUCCGAGUCAGACCGCUGGGGAUUGUGCGGCUGCCACGUGGGUGUGCGGACUUUGUCCCCAGGGCGAACACCCAGGAUGGGACAGGGGGCCCUGAGCUGGCUGCGGGCCAACUGAGCUUGUGACUCUGAGGGACUCCUGAACUCUGAGGCUACUCUGGGCAGCAGAGGCCCUGUUAGAACGAGAGCGUCCUCAGACGGUGACUGGGAAAUAGGACGCGGUUUCUAGUGUGAGUUUUUAAAAAGGCAGGUCUUGGCGAGCCCCACCUGGGCCACAGCUCUCGGAGGAUGGAAACACGUGCCCAGCGAUGUCUCUGGGCCGCCUCCUUCGCCGGGCCUCCUCCAAAGCCUCGGACCUCCUGACCCUCACCCCUGGUGGCAGUGGUGGGUCCCCCUCGGUCCUGGAUGGAGAGAUCAUCUACUCCAAGAACAAUGUCUGUGUGCACCCCCCCGAGGGCCUGCAGGGGCUGGGGGAGCAUCACCCAGGGUAUCUGUGCCUGUGCAUGGAGAAGGAUGAGCUGCUGGGGGCCACCCUCAUCCUGGCGUGGGUCCCCAAUUCUCGCAUCCAGAGGCAGGACGAAGAGGCCCUGCGCUACAUCACCCCGGAGAGCUCCCCUGUGCGCAAGGUACCCCGCCACCGACGCCGGCGCAUCCCGAGCUCGGGGGCCCCCCACCAACCCUCCCCCACGGAGCCAAGGCCCUCACUGAUGCCCAAAGAUGAGGACAUCCUGGUGGUGGCCCAGAGCAUCCAGGAGGCAGUGCACAUCAGCGCUUCGCCUGAGGAUGGGGAGAAGCUGGCCCUGGACGCAGGGGCAGAUGGGCCACUCCCCGCCUCGCAGGCUGCCCACAGGGACUCUGGAGUCUUGUCCACGGUUGGCUCACAGGAUGGGGCUGAAGAGGGCAGGGAGCCACGGCCUGAGGCCGGCGAGGAGGAGGGCUCCUGGGAGCUGUCAGCGGAUGGAGUGAGCAGGGACAGCUCCUUUGACUCUGACUCCGACGCCUUCUCUUCGCCCUUCUGCCUCUCGCCCAUCAGCGCUGCCCUCGCAGAGGGCAGCAGCUCUGCGCUCAUGGACAGCGAAGGCAGCUCCCCCUCCAGCUCGGACACCACCCUGCGCUUCCUGGACAGCAAUGGCCUCCUACAGACCUCGCGCUGGGACGAGGCUCAGCGGGGCUGUGCCCCCGAGCAGAUCUGCGGCGUGUUCCGCGUGGACCUGGGCCACAUGCGCUCCCUGCGGCUUUUCUUCAGUGACGAGGCCUGCACCAGUGGCCAGCUGGUCGUGGCCAGCCGAGAGAGCCAGUACAAGGUGCUGCACUUCCACCACGGUGGCCUGGACAAGCUGUGCGAGGUGUUCCAGCAGUGGAAGUUCUGCACCGAGUCCCACCUCGAGGACCAGGUCGCCAGCGAGAGGACGUGCGUGCAGUUCUCCAUCCGGCGGCCCAAGCUGCCGUCCUGCGAGGCGCACCCCGAGGAGAGCCUGUACCGCCGGCUGGACGUGCCCGCCUGGCUGCAGCACCUAAACGAGCUGGGCCAGGUGGAGGAGAUGUACAAGCUGCGCCAGGCCAUUUUCUUCGGCGGCAUUGAUGUGUCAAUCCGCGGGGAGGUCUGGCCCUUCCUGCUGCGCUAUUACAGCCACGAGUCCACGUCGGAGGAGCGGGAGGCGCUGCGGGUGCAGAAGAGGAAGGAAUACCUGGAAAUCCAGCAGAAGAGGCUCUCCAUGACUCCUGAGGAGCGGGGAGCAUUCUGGCGUAACGUGCAGUUCACCGUGGACAAAGACGUGGUUCGGACAGAUCGGAGCAACGAGUUCUUCCGUGGGGAAGACAAUCCGAACGUGGAGAGCAUGAGGAGGAUCCUGCUGAACUACGCUGUGUACAACCCGGCCAUUGGCUACUCCCAGGGCAUGUCGGACCUGGUGGCACCCCUCCUGACCGAGGUCCAGGACGAGUCAGACACCUUCUGGUGCUUCGUGGGUUUGAUGCAGAAUACAAUCUUCGUCAGCUCUCCUCGGGACGAGGACAUGGAGAAACAGCUGCUGUACCUGCGGGAGCUGCUGCGGCUGACCCACCCGCGCUUCUACCAGCACCUGGCCGCGCUGGGCGAGGACGGACUGCAGAUGCUCUUCUGCCACCGCUGGCUCCUGCUCUGCUUCAAGCGGGAGUUCCCCGAGGCCGAGGCCUUGCGCAUCUGGGAGGCCUGCUGGGCCCACUACCAGACGGACUACUUCCACCUUUUCAUCUGCGUGGCCAUCGUGGCCAUCUACGGGGACGACGUCAUCGAGCAGCAGCUGGCCACUGACCAGAUGCUCCUGCACUUCGGAAACCUGGCCAUGCACAUGAACGGAGAGCUGGUGCUCAGGAAGGCCAGGAGCUUGCUGUACCAGUUCCGCCUCUUGCCGCGGAUCCCCUGCAGCCUGCAUGAGCUAUGCAAGCUCUGUGGGACGGGAAUGUGGGACAGUGGGUACAUGCCCGCUGUGGAGUGUGCCGGCCACCACCCAGGCUCCGAGGGCUGUCCCUACGGGGGCACGGUGGAGAUGCCUUCACCCCCAGCUCCAAGAGAAGGCAAGAGGGGCCCGAAGACACCUCGGGAAGGCUUUGGCUUCCGCAGAUAGGUGGGACUCCCUGCACUGGACAGGUUGAGGGGACCUUGCAGGAGGUCCUGGGCGUGGGGGAGGGGCGGGGGGAUGGAUGGCAGAAGUGUAAGGAAGAUGGCUGUGGGCGAAAUGAAGAGCCCUUUUCCCCAAUAACAGCCAGAGCCUGGAAAUGACAGCAGCAAGGCCUGCCACCCUCCCAGAGGACAGGCGGCUCCGGAAGCUGGGACCGGGCAGCUGCCUCACGCCGGCUGCCUGGGGGAAUUCUGCACAGCCCAGAAAUUCCUCAUUGCCUGGAAAAGGGGACAGCAGGGACAGGAGGAGGCUUCCACCCCAGUGCCAAGGGUGCAGGCAGCGGGGCCCAUGCAGGCCCAGAGGCCUCUGCACACUGGACGCUUUCUCGUCAGGCUUCUCCAAGUGAGCUGGACACACUCCUCCCCCUUCCCAGCCACAGCUGCAGAGCUGGUCUGAGGGCAUCUGCCAGGAAGCCCUCCGAUUUCAGAACAAGUGUCCAACCUGGGUCUCUCGCGCCAGCUGCCUAAGUGCUGUGCAUCCUGGCUGUGGGGAGGAAGGGCCCGACUGAGCCGGAGCCAGAGCCUGGUGGACCAGGGUCGGACACCUGCCCCUAAGCUGGGGUCUUCCCCUGAGGACUCCUGGCACUGUUCACAGUCAGUCUCACCAGAUCCAGCAGCCAUCUGGGGGCUGAACGGGUUGGCAGGUGUGUGUGUAUGUGUGUGUGCACGUGCGUGUGCCUGCAAGGUCCUCUGAAGAGGCGGUGGGAGUGUACUAACAGAAAGCCAAGACAAGGCACCUGAAGUAGCAGAAGCCUCUUGACCCGCUGCAGGACCCGUGGACCCUGCUGUGAGUGUGGACCAAGAGCAGCCGCAGUCAAGGAGCAUUCGGGCUCUCCGCGGGGUGGGUGGGGACAAGUUCUUCCCCUGUGCUCCAUCCUCCGAGGGCUGGGUCUUGGCUGCCCCUCCUGGGACAGAACGGGGCACAUGGGCUGUGACCAGAAGCUCCCAGCCGUUGCAGGAGAGCCAUGUCUUAUGUGAUGGGCGCCAGGAGUUGGGUGCCUCUGUGAAGCGCACACCCAGAGCUGCCUCCCGCCCACAGCUCCUUGCUGAAGGGUGGCCACUGCUGGACAGUGCCAGUCCUAGAAAGACACCAGCCCCCUCCCUUCUCAGCUUUUUUUCCCUCCAUAAGCCCAAGUCCUCUUCAAGGCACUUACAAGUUCCCGGUCCCUCUGUUCCAAGAGCCUUUGGGGGAGAACAUACUGGAGCCCCCAGUGUGCAGAUCCUGAGCUGUUAACCACUGCAGUCCAGCCACGGGGGGCCUGGGGAGUGGACUUCUCAUCUGUUUUGCUCCUGGGGAAAGUGGGUUGCCUGUCUGUGUUGGCUCCUGGUCCGCUAGGGAAACGGGUAGCGCUAACCAGGUCCAUCCUUCCUAACCCUCCUCUGGAAACCAGGCCCCACAGGUAGUCCUGUCAGCUCUCCGUUGCCACAGGAGUGCUGUGUAGCAGAUAACCCCCCAAAUCAUCGGCCUAAACUGCUGCGCCCAGGUACCGCGCUGCCCGCGGGUCGGCAGUCAGGCUGGGCAGCCCUGCUCUUGGCUUGCUUACCUCCGGGGCCAUCGGUUCCGAAGCUCCAGCAGGGCACUCGAGGUGCAAGGGCAGGUCCCUUGCCUCCCUCCUGCAGGUCAGCCCUGGUGAAGGCCCCUGCAGGACUGGGUGAGUACCUGUCCAGGCCAGGGAGGACCACACGUCUGCCCCGUCCUGCGGCCAGACCUGGCCUUCUGGGGUGGGUCAAUGGACUCUGUCUGCUAGUGUUCCCUCUGCACAACCUGUCCAGGAGCCUGGGGAUUCAGGGGGCCCAGGAUGGGACUGUCAUCACAGUCUACCUGCCACCACUAGAAAGUCUUGGUCCAAACGACACUGUUCCAGGUCACCCCCUCCCUGGGGUGGGAGAGGGAGCCCGUGCCCUCACCCACGCCUGUGCUACUCCCUGCCUCGUGCCCUGGGGCUGCUGUCUUGAGGGCAGGUGGAGCAGGGCCAGGUCUCCACUCGCUGUGGAAGGUCCCAGGUGGAAGGCCUUCCCCCUGAGUCCCCAGCUCCCCAAGACCUGACCCACCUGCACCAGCUGCAUCCUCAGGGUGACCAAGUGCCACUCUGCUCCCCUGGGCCUCAAUGUCAUCUGCUUCUGCAGAGCAGCCAGGGUCCAGGAAGCAGGGUGUGCGGACGGAGGGGCAGCCCCGCCCUGGCUCCACUCCCUUCAUCUGGAUGCAAUUAGAGGAAACCAGCCCCAGCCCUGCGGCAGCUGUUACCCCAGGAUUAUUCCCAGCCAGCAAAAGGCAUUAGGGUGAUAAUUCAGUCAUUAGACUCCUAGCUUCCCACCGCCACGACGUGCAAAUAGGGGGUAAUCAGCCCGCCAUGGCCAUCCUCCGCGAGGCCGCUUAUUUAACCCAUUUUUUAAAAUGACACUUAAUGCUAUCGGUGGGCGGGCGUGUGUGCGCAUAAAGUCGGCGCCUCGUUGGCCCUGCCACUUACACGUCUGCUGACAGUGUUGCAUGGCGUCGUCCUGGUCUCUGGGAGGAGAGGGACCUUUGGUGUGCUUGUGCUGGCACUGUCCACCUGACACCCAGGAAAGCUGACUUCCGACUCGUCCGCCCAGGGCAGAGGGACCUGGCAGGAGGUUGGGAGAUGGGUGCACCCAGGGAAUGGCGGGUGGUGUAGGAUGAGUAUUUCUCUGCCACCUGGGCCUGACGGGGUCCUCCCCGGGUGCUGGGAAAGAGCGAGCUUUUCCAGAAGGUUCCAACUGCCAGCUUGGGAGACUAUCGGGUCAUGUGCCCCUGCCCUCUUGCUGAAGAGGAGGGCCUGAUGCAGAAGGACAGUCACAUGGCACACGUGGGCUUGGAGGCCAUCAGCUCGGGUCCCUCCACAGCCGGAGCGUGAGGCAGAGGGAGGUUUUUAACUGGGGGUGGGGGUGGGGGGGACGCAUCCUGGAGCUGCCCCUGAGAGCCUGUGCCAAGCCCUGCUGGGGUGAAGUCAGCCUGGGGCCGAGGCGGGCAGGGGGCACCCAGCUCAGGCCUUUGACAGUUGGCCCUGAGAACAGAUGGGGGCAACAAGGAAAUGAGGGACUGUGGGCCAGGGGCAGGGGAUCUGUUCCUGUGAAGUCCCCCUGAGCUGCUGACCGCCUCUGGCAGAAAUAGCUGGGGUGGCCCGCAGGGUUUUAGGUCUCUCUCGGGUUUCCUCCUGCAGAAGCCUCCCGGUUCCCCUGCAAGAGGCUGGGGGAGGUGGGGACACCCUGAGCCCACCAGGCAGAGGGAAGGAAGUAUCUUCUUUGUGUCUGCUCAGCUGGGCCAUGAGGAGGGCACCAGGAGGCUGGCCUGCGCCUGGGCCCCCCAUCCCAGGGGCCCCGGGGACAGCCUGGAUCUUGCUGGCUGCACAGGCCUUCCUGUGGGGCUGCUCCAGACCUAAAAGCUAAUCCCCCAAGUCUCCCCAGGGCUGGGAGUAGCGCUGUGUGAACGCCCUUCCCCGGAGCAGGGGCCUGGCCUUGAACUGCCACCACCCCUCCCUGGCCAGGUGGCCUCUGCCCACCCAGCCUGUUUCUUCACCUGUUAGAUGAGAACAAGGACACCUGCCCGGGCCACCUCACCUGUGGGGACUUUUCCUGUAGAAGCUGCCAUGAGCAUGGUACGCCAUGGCCCAGAGGCCUCACCAGCCACUCAGGGAAGAGACCACUGACCUAAGCCUUCAGCAGCCUUGACCAUCAGGGCUGAUGCCCUGGACAAGAACUCUGCCCUGGUUUGGAGUCAGCAAACCUGUGGCCCCUCCUGCGCCUCCGCCUUGCUGUGUGUCCUCUGCGGAGGGCCAACCUUUCUGUGCCUCCUCUAAAGGUCACUCCUACAACUCUACUCCUGCCAGGAAGAAAAUCGGCCGUUGGGCGUGGGCAUUCCUGCCUGUGCGCCUGCACGCAGAGCUCUUCAGGGAAGGCCGUGCCCUGGGCGCUCACCCGCUGGGCUGUGAAGUCCCCUGAGGACUCCGCCUCCCAGGUUGGAGCUUAGCCACCGGGAGAGGGGAGUCCCGGGGCCUCCCAGAACAGAGCAGGGGCAAACAGCCUGCUGCUGCCUGGUGUUUGAGAUGCAUCAGGAUGAAUGUCCAGGUAGGAAGUGGAAUCCAAGUUCAACGAGGGAAAGCCGCACGACCAGCCUUUCUCAGUGCUUUGGGGUGGGGAGGACAGUCUUGUUGUUCAAGGGCGGUUUCAUGAAAUUCCCACCACUCACUACUGACAGAUGGGGUUGUCUCGGCGAGUGAUUUGUUCUGUUUUGCUUUUUAAAUACAAUCCCCUUCCACUCAGGCCAGGUCUGGUGACCAUGACCCCUGCUAGGCACAGCCGCUUCCGCGCUCCUGAAUUUCGUGGAUUCCAAUGCAAAGGAAAUAAAAUCAUGUUGACAGC